CUGGAGUUAAUAGUCCAAAGAGAAGAACCCACAGAGGAGACAGACACAGAGAAGAAACUAUCAGAAGAAAAAAAACACUGGCAAGAUAUGUGGUCAAACUCCCCUUCAGCCAACAAUGACUCUGUUUUCCAUCCAGAUCUUUCAGCCAGCAACUCCUUCCUCAGUUUGUACUUACUCUGCCUCAGCUCCAAACCAAGUUCCAUCGUUCUCCUGUUCUUUAACGCGACUAACGCCUUUCUCCACCUCACUUUCUCAACCUUCAUCAUCCACCAUGGUCUCCAACAAUGGUGGCAGAAGCAGCCCAGCUCCUCCAGAGCAGCGAUGAGCCACUCUGACUGCUUCAGCUACAACUUGGCCACCAUGGAGCUGAUCAGUGUCAUUGGGUGUUUCAUUACUUGCUGUGUUAACUACUGGGAGGAUAGAGAGGUUAUGUCAGUAGUGAGCUACACGACUCUCUGCUUCAUAUGGUUUGGAGAGAUGCUCUUUCACCUUCUGACAUGUAUUGAGCGCUACCUGGCCGUCGUUCAUCCCAUCACCUACCUGAGCUUGAGAAAUAAAAGAGGGAUCAGAAUCAGAAAUAUCAGCAUUGGUUGUGUUUGGCUGUUCUCCGCUGUUGGCACAUCUUUUUUCUUCGUCAACUUUUUCAUAAUCACAAGUGUUUGUGUGUUGAUAUUCGCUGUAACUAUGGUCUCUUUUUGCAGCCUUUCUGUUCUCCGUGUUUUGAUUCGUCCAGGCCCAGGGGAACAGGUCGGGGAUAAGAAGAGGGGGAACAAAUCAAAAAAGAGGGCAUUUUACACCAUUUUGGCCAUACUGGGAGUGUUGCUGAUGAGGUCAGCGUGGAGUCUGGGUUGGGCUGUACUUUACGUAGCAAGGGGAACGGCUGAUUGUGUGCUUAUGACAGUUGAUCUCUGGCUUAAUUUGCCAGGCAGCAUGGUUUUACCUCUGGUCUUUCUGCUCAGAUCAGGAAAAUGUGCGGGUUGUAAGAAAACAAUCCAUGAAUAUUGGAAUUGGUUUUACAUGAAAUUCACUUAACAUGGAAGAGAAAAUAGACGAGUUAGAGAGUUGGAAAUUUAAGAAAAAGUCAGAUUUAUAACAUUCAGGGUUAGACGAUCAUUAAAUCCAGCUGACAGACACAUCUCUUAUCUUUGUCAUCGAUAAAUAAAUAAUGGUAAUAGAUAAAUAAAAAGACGAGCCAACUUUAGUUCCAUAAAGGAUCACAAGGGUCUUUCAGUAGGGCUGUUAAUUCACUGGUCCACUUUAGGUUGUUUUGAUGCAAGAUAUAUAUAUAAUGUAUUUAUUCUAUGUUUAACUUAAAGGAGCUUGAGGCUCCUUUUAAGAAAUGAGACUCUCUAGCGCCACCCUUCACCACGACGGCCGUCGGGGGUACUGCAGCCAACAGUGAAGCCGGCACGGGAGAACGGGGAGAACGUGCAUGCAGCGUCAUGUGACGUCACA